AUGAUCGUUGCGGACUCCGAGUGCCGCGCGGAGCUGAAGAGCUACCUGCCCGCGGCCGGAGAGGAGCAGAGGGAGAGCAGGGUUCGGCGAGGCCCCCGGGGGCCCAGCGCCUUCAUUCCAGUGGAGGAGGUCUUGCAGGAGGGAGCCGAGAGCCUCGAGCAGCACCUGGGGCUGGAGGCACUGAUGUCCUCGGGGCGGGUGGACAACCUGGCCGUGGUGAUGGGCCUGCACCCCGACUACUUUACCAGCUUCUGGCGCCUACACUACCUGUUGCUGCACACGGAUGGGCCCCUGGCCAAUUCCUGGCGCCACUACAUUGCCAUCAUGGCUGCCGCCCGCCACCAGUGUUCCUACUUGGUGGGCUCCCACAUGGCCGAGUUCCUGCAGACUGGCGGUGACCCCGAGUGGCUGCGUGGCCUCCACCGCGCCCCUGAGAAACUGCGCAGGCUCAGUGAGGUCAACAAGCUGCUGGCCCAUCGGCCGUGGCUCAUCACCAAGGAGCACAUCCAGGCCUUGCUGAAGACGGGCGAGCACAGCUGGUCCCUGGCCGAGCUCAUCCAGGCCCUGGUCCUGCUCACACACUGCCACUCACUGGCCUCCUUCGUGUUCGGCUGUGGCAUCCUCCCUGAGGGGGACCCUGAGGGCAGCCCCGCCCCCCAGGCCCCUUCGCCCCCCAGUGAGCAGAGCACGCCCCCCAGCAGGGACUCGCUGAACCACUCUGGGGGCUUUGAGGCUGCCCGCGACGUGGAAGCUCUGAUGGAGCGCAUGAGGCAGCUGCAGGAGAGCCUGCUGCGGGACGAGGGCGCCUCGCAGGAGGAGAUGGAGAGCCGCUUCGAGCUGGAGAAGUCAGAGAGCCUGCUGGUGACCCCCUCAGCGGACAUCCUGGAGCCCUCUGCAAACCCAGAUAUGCUGUGCUUCGUGGAAGACCCCACUUUCGGAUAUGAGGACUUUACCCGGCGGGGGACUCAGGCACCCCCCACCUUCCGUGCCCAGGAUUAUACCUGGGAAGACCAUGGCUACUCACUGAUCCAGCGGCUCUACCCUGAGGGUGGACAACUGCUGGAUGAGAAGUUCCAGGCAGCCUAUAGCCUCACCUACAACACCAUCGCCAUGCACAGUGGAGUAGAUACUUCCAUGCUCCGCAGGGCCAUCUGGAAUUAUAUCCACUGUGUCUUUGGCAUCAGAUAUGAUGACUAUGACUACGGGGAGGUGAACCAGCUCCUGGAGCGGAACCUCAAGGUCUAUAUCAAGACAGUGGCCUGCUAUCCGGAGAAGACCACCCGAAGAAUGUACAACCACUUCUGGAGGCACUUCCGCCACUCUGAGAAGGUCCACGUGAACUUGCUACUACUGGAGGCCCGCAUGCAAGCCGCCCUGCUCUAUGCCCUUCGUGCCAUCACCCGCUACAUGACCUGACUCAAUGCAAGACCUGCGCCUGGAACAGCUGACCCUGGGGGGCCUCCUCGAUGCAAGGACUUCUCUGGAGACAGACCCUAAUCUCUUCCUGUCCCAUACCCACCUACCCUACUCUGGGGGUGGGCCUGGGGUGUGACGUGCAGCCCCCCCCAGCCACACCCUCCUUCUCACUGGAAUGGACAGGACCAUCGCACUGACUCUGGUAUCUCAGCUCUGACCCUGGGGUGUGGGGGGCUGGCAGAGGACUAGCGGAUUCCCAGGUGCCAGCCCCUCCUAACCGCCCUUACCCUCAGAGGCCAAGGGCACAGGAAGGAAAAUGGACUGAGCACGGACUUGUGUGCCAGCAGGCAGGGGCCCAGGCAGCACAAGUACUUUGGCCUUCCUGGCCUGGGGAGUCCCUGGCUGGCCCCCAGGGAGAGGGGCAAACACCUCCAGGGACUGACACUCCAAGCGGCUUCACCUCUCUCCUCCAGCUUCCUCCUCCGCAAGAUUUCAUUACCUCCCACCAGCCAUUCACCCAUCAAUGUGAAAGUCAGGGUCACAGCCAGUCUGUGCAUCUGGCUCCCCAGAAGCCCGUUCUGUCCAGCAGCCCACAGGCUCCUUGCUCCCUGGUCAUGCCAGUCCUAGUUCAAUUCCCUUGACCCCCCUUUGCCCUCUUACCCUUUUCUCCACCACCUGUUGGAGGGAGGCCCCAGGAGAGAGACCAAGCCCGUCAAACAAGUAGAUUAUCUCUAGAGAGUUCGAAGUCUCUCUUGGUUAUUUUGCCUUCAGACGAGGAGGGAGUAUUAUAUGAUAAAUUCUCUGCGUUUUGAUUUUUCAUGAGUGAGGUUCUUCACUGCCCACCCCUAGAGCCUCAGGCAGUGUCUGAGAGGAGAGCAGGAGUGUCUCCCCAGGGCUGAGCUACCUGGCAGAGGCUGGCACUCCACAGUCUCUCAUCUCCCCUGGCUCUGCCACAGAUGUUUGCCAAAAAAGUGAGCCUUUCCACAUGGUUUCAGUGGCUCAGGGAGACAGGCACGAGACCCCAAGUUUCCUGCGUGGGCCCUGUCAUGGCCAAGUGAGCCCAGUUUCCACAGUUAGACUGAGGGGCAGGACUAUAUCUCGUGAUGUCUGGGCCUUUGCUCAGAUUCUGAGGCCAGCCUGCCAGCAGCCAGCUGCACGCAUUGCAGGAUCCCAAGGGCCUCUGGGGAUUUUACACACACACACACACACACACACACACACACACACACCCCUACACACACACACACAC